AGACUCUGACGGUCAGUAUUCCUAUUAUACAGUAUCCUACGCCUCGUGCCAAAUCCCGCGACUCAGGUGUUAUUUGCUAGCACAACCCCGCUGUGAACACGAUAAACUUCCUGAUUUAUCGCUAGUUUGGCAUCACGUACAUGUUCCUUAGAUUGGGUUUCUAAACUUACAGUUCUCAAAGCCUUUGGUGUUUGUCUCGUAACUUCGGCUUUGUCGAGCGAUCGUUUCGGCCUUAUAAGGAGAGUAACUUUGUCGAGUUCCAUGUUAAACAAUUCUGAUUCAAGUAUUUGGUGGUUUAAGCUUUUACUGCAGCGUGAUAAUAUCGUCACUUUGAGCCUUAAGUCAUAGUAGAGCGUAUUCGAAACAUUGUUAACAAAAAUGUUUAUAUUUUGGUGUUAAUCGAACUCUGUUUGCUGUUGUCUAAAAUUGUUAUAUACUAUUGUAAAAGGAAAAAAGUCUGCUGUGAAGUGUUUCUCCUUUGCUUUUGAGAGAAACAAUCGUUCUCUAGGCAUUUUCUAAUUCAUGAAUUUGAAUGAUGGCACGAUGUGCAUUUGGUUCAGCUGAUUAUUUGCUAUUCAUCCUCGUGAAUCCGCAAAUGAAGCGGAAAUCAUCUCUGUUUUAAAGAAUCGACAACAAAAUAACUGCGUGAUUUUAAGAAGCCCAACACAAUGCCUCAAGCACAAGAAGUUUCCAUUCAAGCUCCCCUGCGAGCUCCUCAUCGCCUCAACAACAAUAACGACGGGGAACUGCUUCUCCUAACUAAGGACAAGCCGCUUGGUGGAUGGGACGAUGCUCCUGGCAGUCCCCACCGUGUGCCGUUGAUCUCGAAUAACAACGGCAGCCCAAGACUUACAAACAGGAUUGCAAAUAUAUACGGGCUUGGCAAACAGCAGCCUCAAGUUAUCGCCUCGCCCCACGGCAGCCCACGUCACAGAGCUUUGGCCAGGCUCACGAAGCCAGCACAAGAAAUAGUGCGCAAAGUCAUCAAUCUUCCUCCAAAAACUGAGCCCCUGGAACCUGCGAGUCCAAAGCUCAGCCGUAAGAUCAGCCGCGAAGACGCCAAAGAAAUUGAGGAGAUUUUGUCUAUUCCGAGAAUCGGUUUAAGCAGCCCUAAACAUAAUUUUUAUUUGAAUCAGUCUGGCAAUCCAUCUCCAGGGUAUCAUAACCCUUACCAGCAAACGCAAGCCGGUGUUAUAAAGAGUCCUUUCACCCCCACCAGAGAAACGAAGUUUCGAUACGAACACCUUAGUCCCAAGCCAGUCGUUGAUAAUAACCAUGUCAAUUCAAGGCUUCCGGUUAGUCCUCGUCGCUUUUUCUCUUCUCGCGAAAGUCUCUUGGAAAACGAUACAAGCGAGGGUCUAAAUUGUGUCAAUGAAAAUGAACGGUGUGACAGCCGAAAUGAUUCUCGGCUGAAAUCAAGACUCCCUGUUAAAUUAUUGCAUUUAAAAGAACUUAAAUACAUGCGUCCAAGCUCCCCGGGUAUAACCGACUGUGAAGAUGACAUCAGCAAUAACAAAGAGUCACUGCGUCCCUCCGCGAAUAUGAGAAGUGAUCGCGUGACGAAUUGCAACACUAACAUUUUAAUCAAUGAUAUAGCUUGUAGUGUUCAGUCAUCAGCGUCUAGCAGUAACGUUAAGGAGCCCGCUGAUGUUGACUCAAACCAUUCCCAAUUGACAGACGAUCCUAAACAACGGAGCGGUUGCCAAUAUUCCCGUGAUUGGAACUCUGCUGAGUUCUCGAUGACCAAUGACAACUCGACGUCUUGGAACUCCGCCGGCAGUGAAUCUGAUCAAAAAAUGAGUGUCGAAGAAAAGGUUUCCAUCAAGAAAAGUUCUGAAGACUCGAUGAGACCGAGAACCAACAGCUUUGGUUCUUGGUCGCAUUCAAACGCAUCGGCUGACAAGUCCAGCGCGGCGAGUCUUGGAAACUCGACGGCCGGGGUAGAGAUGAUACCGAGCGACACUGACUCGGGGUUGGCAGAAUCCUUGUCUUCUAAGAUGGUGCUGAUCAAGUGCAAAGGCGGCACUUAUCUCUCGCGGAUCUUCCUCAAUAAUGGAGGCAUUGAAGGCGUGAAGGUGGUGGGUCGUGUUGGGGGAGUGCCUUCCCCUCAGCUGCUCCCCUCGUCUCCCCACCCCUCACCGGCCAUCAUGAGUGCCGCCCCUUCACCAGUUCACCUCAGCAACAAGGUUAGCGUCGGUGGGAGCGUAGUGAGCGACGCCAGCGCGGGCUCCUGCGGGCCGGACGGCUGCUGCUACUCUGGCGCUGACCGUCCCGCGCAGCACGAGGGAGAGUUCGACCACGACACCGCUGACUACCAGUGGCUGCUGGACUACGAGUACCGGGAAAGUUACACCCGCGAGUCUCUCGGUGCCGGGGGUCGGGACGGGUUGUGUCGAGCGUCCGUGCUCGACACGAACCCGGAACCCGACCUACAGGACCUCUCCUAUGAAACUUUGUCACGACAUCUCGACGCUAACCUCGCUGAAAUCGACAUGGACGACUUCAGGAGCGACGAUAUCAACCAACUUCUGGCCCUGCCCAGCGUCUGCGCCCAGUGUCGUCUUCAUGAUCAUGACGGCGAGGAGAGCGCCGAGCCGUCAGCCAACAACACUCCCACCAAAAGUCGUCGUCCUACCAUGUGCCGCCACAACGCAUGGCGACAAUGUCAGCACUACGAAGACUAUGACCUCGAAGAAGAAGAAUUCUCUGGAGUCAGCGGCGACAUUUCUUUGUACCAAUCUGGUCCGUUGUUUUCCCCCCUAAAAGAACCUCCGCCUAUAGGCAACACCACCUUCAGCGUCGACUCUCUCGACUGUGAAAGUCUGCACGAAGAUCUCAUCUUGACCUGCCAGGCCAACAAGGACAAUUAUACAAUUGCUUUCGAAGGAUCGUUCAUCCAGUAUUCCGAGGAUUCGGAUUACCAUGAAGCAGGAGAGAGUGACACGACAGGCAGCGGCUCGUGGACCGCGGACCGUCUUGAGGACGGGCAGUCUCCGGCCCCCGCCAUGACGCACUCGGACCAGCCUUACACGACCUGGUCUCGCGUCGGCCGCAAAUCUUCCCCUUCUUGUCGGACCCCAGACCCUUCGGGUGCUCAUAAGACCCGGGCUGCAACCUCCCACCUUUCCCCCGCGGGGCGUACGCAGGAAGUUCUUCACAAACAAAUCCUGCCGCAGCAACUGCAACCAGCCAUCACAGCGACUGCUGCUGGAACUGCUAAGGCUGCUCAUGAGAGCCACGAAGAAAAUAACAGUAAGAGCAACAGCAUGCCGAACCUCAUGCGACGAUCUUUGCUGCGUCAGUCAAUAGACACCGGUGUACAAUGUAUUAAAGUUUUUGACCUGCAAAACAGUCUCCGUUCAAGUCACUCUUCCGCCCGUCAAGCUGAAGGUAACUCUUUUUCUCUCGUGCGCCUCUUCAUGAAGCAGAAAAGUUUAAGCAAGGAAGCCAUCAGCUUGUCGUCGAGUUGUACUAGCAGAUCACAUGAAGGUGCUUGCUGCUCCAGUUCUGACAACCCCUCCGCCGUUGACAGUUCUGAUUGGCCAAUGAACAGUCAAAGCGAUGACAUGGAAGGCAGCGCGUCACCCGUCCCUCACUCCGUCAUGCGUAACAACCAAGCCAUCAUCGAGCGUGGCAUGCGAAGACGAAGUGGCGGCGAUAUCAACCCGCGAAAUAUAAACUCUAAUUCGGGUGACUUCGGUUCUACUUCCAGUGACAUCAUUUCGCCCACUGCAGCCACUAUCCUCUUGGAGACGGACGGUUCUUUGGUCAACAAUAACAAUGCGGUCAAUCAAAUACUUGACAAUACUGGACCUGUCGGAGCUUUUGAUAAUACUGCUAACUUCGAAGAAAGUUUGAAGGAAGUUUGUCCCUGCUCGAAGCCUCCAAUGACCAGUCCGAUCCGAGAGGAGCCCGAAGGCAUGGACAUCUCGUUUGACAGUCGCUCUGAAAAUAAACUUGUCAAUGACCAGUCCGAAUCCGAGACAAAAAUUUCAACUUGUGCAAAUUCAGGGGAGAAGAAAAUUUCAGAGUCUGGUUCUUCUCAGAGCUCUCCGACUAAGGAAAGAAGUAAAGACAGUAAUACUGGAUCGCCGAACAAGAAUGUGCUUGGAGCCCACACUGAAGGUAGAAACCGCUCACAAUCUCCUAGCACUCCUAAGAAGUCAGCUCACCGUCGUGACGGCACUCAAAGGCAACGCCAAAACUCUGGCAACUCGUCAAGUGGAUACGCGAGUACGAAGGGUUCAAUAGAGCGGCUACGCUCUGCGUCGGACUCGCAUACUCCUCAACACACGCCCCAGCGACCUCGUCCUAAACCCAGGGCUCUCAAACAAAUGGCUGAUCAGUGUCUGCAGACGUCUAAUUUAAAAGUGUCUGCUACCAUGAACACCAGUAAUCUCAUGGACCGAAAAGAUGUCUAUGUUUAUUAUCCCAACUACGCUCUUCCAGAUCUCAGCUUCCUGAAGGAUAAAAAGUACAGUGUAGACUCGCGAAUAUUUUUGGUGCCUCAGCACUACAGGAGACCUCCCGUGAUCAGUCGAAAGGUCAGAGAGGGAUCUUCUCGUCGUCCAUUUUCUUGUAAUGACAUGGAAAAAUUACGCAAACGUGGGCUCUCUCAUAUCAAAGACUGGGAGUCUCUUAACGUUCUACUUCCUAAAGAGCUGAAGGAAAUGCUUUCUGAUAACACUGAAUGCAUGGAAACAGUAAAACCAUCGUAUUGUAUCUCUCCAAAGUCUCCUCGUCGACCCAAUAGUUGUGAUUUCGGCUCAGCGAAGACAUCGAACAGCAACACAAGUUUGAGCACGCAGCCUUCCUCAGGUUAUAGAGGAUCAUCCACUAUUCUUAACGAUUCAGAAACAAACCAGCAACUUGCGUCUGGUGAAGAAGCUCCAUCGGUUCCCAAACGCUCUGUAUCUCUACCUAGUGAGGAAGGUGUGGAAGACAUGGAUAAUCCCCCUCCUCGGCCACCUUUGCCCCGUGGCAUAUUAAGGAAAGUUACGUCAUUGAGGGACGAAUCUCAGAAACAAGGCGCCAAGAAACGACACAGCGCCGCGGAUUCGCCCGAUCGUUUAUCUCGGGACGACGUUGCCAGGAGACGAUCUCUACCUGAAUCUAUGGAUGCUGGGCAAGAGGAGCGCGACGACGACCAGCCCUGCAGAACUGAGGCCGAUGGAGGCGCUGCUGAAAUGAACUGCAGUUGCAUUACCGCCUGCACUGGAUUCUGUGGCAAGGGACUCAGACUGAAGAACCUAUUGCCCGUCAGUGAAUUACCCAACGUCUCCAGUCACGAGGAGUUUACUGAAGAAGAUCUUGCAGCACUCAGGUCCCGCGUGAGCAACUUCCUGGUGGGUAAAAAUCUGACCGAAGAGAACACGUGUGCUUGGUGCCCCAAGAAGAGCGUGUCCUUCGCAGGCCACGGCUGCCAACACUCCCGGCAAACCGUCGAGUCAGCGUAUGACGUUCCCUCCAAGAUCGAGGAGCGGCCGGUGGUGUACGACGCUCAGGACAAGCGGGCGCUCGUGAUGUCCGUCCGCGUGGCCGUCGAGAAGCUCGUGUCGCACUUCAGCCACUCGCACGCCGCUAAGCCUAAACCCAAUGGUAGCGGCGGCAGCAGCGUGGCAGCACAGCUCACUCUGGAAAAGCUCUGCCCCGCCAUCUACGCGCUGCUGAGUGACGGCCUGCAGCCGUCCCUGCACUCUCUCUUCGGCAAGAUUGCCAACUCCGUCUGGAAAAUGAUUGAGGCCACAAGUCAAAUGGGCCCUACGACGAAGGCUCUGAGCGACCUCGUCCUGACCCUCAACAGCGAAGAAUGUCUCUCUGAGGGACCCAUGAAGUUCAACGCCUUCAUCUUCGGGCUACUCAACAUACGCUCAUUGGACGCGUGGCUGAGUUAUCUCCGCACCCGUGAAAGUAUCCUGCAGAAACACUUCCACCCUGAAGCUUUCCUGUACCUCUCAAGUACUGCCACCAGGAACCUAUACGACGACCUCCUCAUGGCAGUGCGCCCUCUGUCGUUGUUGCCCCUCCACCUGGACCUUCUUUAUGAGUACAAACUCCUGCACGCAAGCCUGCUGAAGAUGGAAGAAAGGCUCAUGAUUCACACCAGCAGUACCGGCAACAGUCCUGGUGAUCGUCCUUCUUCUGUGCUCUUAGAUCACCUUCUCGUCGCCAAGGAAACCAAGGAGUUUAAGAACACGGCGGCAGCGCAGCAGGAUCGCGUCAAGGCUCUCAUGAAAGUCCUCACAUCUCCUGAGUCGACGGAGGCAGACUUGCUACAGACUGUCGCUGCAAGCGUCACAAAAGAAAGAAGUCGAAGCCCCAGGCCUCGUUCUUGCUACGAUAACGCAGAUGCCGUUGGGGAUGAUCUACAUCCUGCCCUUAAGAAACGCUGGAGUAACGUGCAGUUAGGUUCUAAGCUCAUCACCGCCAUAGAUAAACUCAUGCUCGAGGAAACAAAUGCUGCUUCGGGCUCCAGUGAAGACUUCUCCGACAGUAUCGAUAAUCCUAAGACCACGAGAGCUCUUUCUCAGAAUUCUGUAGAUGAAGUUUCUCCUGCCAUGCGAGAUAGCGACAUCUCUACCAAAGAUGACGAUAUCAGCGAGCGGUCAGCCACUGACAAAGAUACUGAGAAUGAGAAGGGCCAGAGACUCUGUCCAACGUCUCUAAUAUUCGGUAAAGGAAAAGAGUCAGAAGGAGAUAAAUUCCGACGCCUUCAGCUGAAGUGGGAACUGAUGACAGGAUGUGAAUUGCCAAGCAAAUGCCAAGAUGCAGAACCGUCGGACGCUACCGACGAAACCACCCCUCUCGCAGACGGCUCCGGCCAUUCCUCGACUUCUCCCUCACAAACCGUCCGAGAGAAAGUGGUUAGCCCAAGUUCAGGAAGCCGAUCCAAAAUACCUCGACCAGUUUCCAUGACCUCCCCGCAGAGGCCAUUCAAAGUUUUCGAACCGGCUAAAGAAAAAACGUCGCCUCAAAUCAAACCACCACUUCACGCUCGUCCUUUUGGUUCAUCGCCCUUGACGAGCAAGGAUCUCCCGAAGCCCGCGCCGCGUCGCUCACUCAAGGAUAAGUCCGAUGACUCGCGUCCCAUGACGAUGCGGACGCGUGUGUCGCCCAAGGUGGGCGGUGGUGCCAAUGUCGUAGCUACGGGGAACCGUGCUUCUUCGAUGCCCGGCCGCAGCGACUCUAUGGAACGCGGUUCUUCACACUCCACUGGAGGCGGUGGCAGGUACGACUGCGUUCACAAGAAGAGCUCAGCGUCGUCAGGCGUACGUUCUGCAAGUCACGGCAGACGCUUGGUACCGGGCUCCGUGCCCAGGUACGUGCAGACUCUGCAUCACAGACUAGCUACAGACAACGGCCAUUUGUCCUUCAACCGCGGCGACUGUCUGCAGGUCGUGGUCGAGGUGGAUGACCGCUACCUCCUCUGCUGCCUCAACGGCCGCAAGGGCCUUGUACCGAGGGCCUCUGUCAUCGCCUGUGCCGACCAGUGACGUAUUUAGAACACGGGGUGUGAUGAGACCGGGGUGUGACCAGACCGGGGUGUGACAAGACCCUGGUGUGACAAGACCGGGGUGUGGCGGCCCCACUCACGGGGGGUGACGGCCCCACUCACAGGGUGUGACAAGAUCCUGGCGUGACAAGACCGGGGUGUUACAGGCCCCACUCACGGGGUGUGACGAGACCGUGGUGUGACAAGACCGGGGUGUGAUGAGACCGGGGUGUGACAAGACCGCGGUGUGACAAGACCGGGGUGUGACAAGACCGGGGUGUGACGAGACCGGGGUGUGACAAGACCGGGAUGUGACAAGACCGGAUUGUGACAUGACCGGGAUGUGACAAGACCGGGGUGUGACAAGACCGGGGUGUGACCAGACCGGGGAGUGACAAGACCGGGGAGUGACAAGACCGGGGUGUGACAAGACCGUGGUGUGACAAGACCGGGGUGUGACGGCCUCCCUUUCGGGGUGUUACGAAGGGCGUAACGCUGGAGGCGUUCAGGUUAAGCGUCACACUUGAAUCUGAUAAAGAAGCUAGUCAACCUACAAGAAAAGAUCGCUUAUAAAUUUGAACAUUCGGCAGUGUUCUAAAUCAUAUCGAAAUCAACUAUAAAUUCUUCAUAUGAUAUAACUGUGCUAAUAUAUUUCAUACUAAUGAGAUUAGCUUAAAAAGUUCCAACUUGACUACCAAGCCACGAUAUUGAAUUUAUAACAAAAUUUGAGUUAACAAUACAUGUUUUUGGUUAGAAUUAAUCGAAAAACUGGCAGUUUUUACCGCAGUACAGCAGUACAGCGAAUGGUUUGCCAGAUAAGAGAGUGCGAUGUUGCUACAGUUUCAGGAUGUCAAAUUAUUUUUGCAGCGAGCGGCAACGCGAGGUGAACGUUCAAAAAAUCAUAUUUUUCCUCAUUUAAACUUUGUCGUUCUAUAUUGAAAU